AAUCUUUAAGAGGUGGAGCCUGGGGGAGGAAGUGGGUCACUGGGGACAGGGUUGAGACUUUAUAGCCUGGUGCCACUUCCUGUCAUUUUCUCUGCGUCCUUGCUGCUGAUGCACUGUGACCACUGACUUCCUGCUCCUGACACCAGGUCUCCUGUGCCCCGCUGGAAAUAUAUCUUCAAACUGUCCUGGUGAAUAAACUGAAGUCAUCGAGAUUGUGGCAUGUCCCUUUACCCACCGACUUGUCUCUCUGGCCCUGAGACACAACCCUUUAUAAUAAAAACAAUACAGACACCAAUCAUGUGCUUUCCUGUCUCUUAUCUACCAUGUGGGUCCUGGCGAACAAACUGAAGUCAUUGCGUUUAUGGCACAUCCCUUUACCCACCGACUUGUCUCUCUGGCCCUGAGACACAACCCUUUAUAACAAAAACAAUACAGACACCAAUCAUCUGCUCUCCUGUCUCUACUAGAAAAUGGCAGCCAAGGGAGAAGCCUUUGAGGAGAGGAUUUCCGAAUUUGAUGAUGAGUUGGCCUCUGAGUUCUCUGCUCUUCUCGGUGUGGAUGCACUUCGGGUUUUAAAGAGACAAGACGAAGAAGACCAUCAGGAAAGAAUGAAAAUGAAGAAAGGUUUUAACUCGCACAUGCGCAGUGAGGCCAAGCGAUUAAAGACUUUCGUGACCUAUAACACGUUCAGAUCAUGGACGCCACAGGAGAUGGCAGCCGCUGGGUUUUACCACACUGGGGUGAAACUUGGGGUUCAGUGCUUCUGCUGCAGCUUAAUCCUCUUUUGCACCAGACUCAGGAAAACUCCCAUAGAAAGCCACAGGAAAUUCCGUCCAGGAUGCGAGUUCCUUUUGGGCAAAGACGUCGGUAACAUUGGCAAGUAUGACAUCAGGGUGAAGAGUCCCGAGAAGCUGAGAGGUGGCAAAGCAAGGUACCAAGAAGAGGAGGCCAGACUGGAGUCCUUUGAGAACUGGCCGUUUUAUGCCCAUGGGACCUCAUCUGGUGCCAUUGCUGGCCAGUCAAAACAUGUCACUGCAUCUGUAGGUAAAAGGGACACCGUGCAGUGUUUCUCCUGUGGUGGAUGCUUGGGAAACUGGGAAGAAGGAGACGAUCCUUGGAAGGAGCAUGCCAAGUGGUUCCCCAAGUGUGAAUUCCUUCAAAGUAAGAAAUCCUCAGAAGAAAUUGCCCAGUAUAUUAAAAGCUACGAGGGAUUUGUCCAUGUAACGGGAGAACAUUUUGUGAAUUCCUGGGUCAGAAGAGAAUUGCCUAUGGUGUCAGCUUACUGCAAUGACAGCAUCUUCGCUAAUGAAGAACUAAGGCUGGACACCUUUAAGGACUGGCCCCAUGACUCCCCUGGGGCUGUUGAAGCUCUGGUCAGAGCAGGCCUUUUCUACACAGGCAAAAACGACAUUGUCCGGUGCUUUUCCUGUGGAGGAUGUAUGUCGAAAUGGGAGGAAGGUGACGACCCAUUAGAAGAUCACACCAAGUUUUUUCCCAACUGUGUAUUUCUUCAAAACCUGAAGUCCUCUGCAGAAGAGAUUCCUGCCUUUCAGAGUCACUACACACUUCCAGAGGUCACGGACACCACAGGUGAAAGCAAUCAUGAGGAUCCAGUGGCCGUUCACUCAAUGGUGGCCGAUCAACUCUUUGCUAACUUGGACAAGUUCCUGAGCCUGAAAGAACUGUCUAUAAGUGUAAAUGGCAUUCCAGAUGUGCUCUUGGUCAUCCCUGGAGAUUUCUCAAACCUCCACCACAUGGAGAAGUUAUCCAUCCAAACCUCCACAGAGUCUGACCUCUCCAAACUGGUUAAAUUGAUCCAGAACUCUCCAAAUCUUCAUGUUUUCCACCUAGAAUGUGAUUUCUUUUCAAAUUGUGAGUCUCUUAUGACUGUGCUUGCUUCCUGCAAGAAACUCAGAGAGAUUGAGUUUUCUGGACGAUGCUUUGAAGCCAUGCCAUUUGUCACCACUUUGCCAAAUUUUGUUUCACUGAAGAUAUUGAAACUUGGGCGCCAACAGUUUCCAGAUAAGGAAACAUCAGAAAAGUUUGCACAGGCUCUGGGUUCUCUCAGGAACCUGGAGGAACUACUCCUUCCCAGUGGGGACGGGAUUCACCACGUGGCCAAACUGAUUGUCCGACAGUGUCUGCAGCUUCGGUGUCUCCGAGUUCUUGCCUUUAAGGAGACCUUGGAUGACGACAGUGUGAUGGAAAUCGCCAAGGGAGCAACCAGUGGAGGUUUCCAGAAACUUGAAAAUUUAGAUCUUUCAAUGAAUCACAAGAUUACAGAGGAAGGGUACAGACAUUUCUUUCAAGCCUUGGACAACCUGCCAAACUUGCAAGUGCUCAACAUUUCCAGGCAUCUCCCAGAAUCCAUCCAAGUUCAGGCCACCACUGUCAAGGCUCUGAGUCAGUGUGUGUCCCGACUGCCCAGCCUCAUCAGGCUUCAUAUGCUCAGUUGGCUCCUGGAUGAAGAGGACAUGAAAGUGAUUAAUGCUGUGAAGGAGCGACACCCUCAGUCCAAAUGCUUGAUUGUUCACUGGCAGUGGGUAGUGCCCUUCUCUCCUGUCAUUCAGAAGUGAAGGAUGCAGCUGAAGAUUACUGGAGGUCUCAAAACCCAAUUUUCGAAUACAUUUCACUCUAGACAAGCAUUGUGUCCCCAGUACUUAAGAGACUGAGACAGGAGGGUCAAGAGGUUGAGUCCAGCUAGGUUAUAUAACAAGACCUGCUGAUGAACCAAAUCCUUUACUAUUACAUACACAAGAAUAUUCUUAACCUGUCAGGCUGUUAACUGUUUGAAAGCCUGCACGCCCACAUUGAGCAGUCCUUGGCAAUCCUCGUAUGGUCCUGUCUAAAGACUAGAGCCUCACUCAAGUUCAUACUGAGAAUCCUCCAUUGCCAAGGUCAACAGGAAGAGGCAGAGAAAGGAACAUUGAUCUGUGUAAAAGCCACAAGGAAGGAGCAUUUGAUGGAGGUAAGAAAUGGCCAGUUUAAGGAUGAGUCCGUCCCACCCAUGAUGAAGCACGAGUCGACUUUAGCACAGGAUGCAGACAACUCUUUGCAGAGAUGCUCUUUAGUCUUUGCAGGGCUUCUGUAUAGUCACCAGCCUUGGUUUGGCCAUGCUUGCUCACACCAUCUCCCAUCCAUUGCGGAUGUGAAAAAGAAAGUGGGCUUAGAGAAAUCUGCUUUUGUUCCAGAGGCUUUUGAGAAUUACAUAUAUUAUGACAGCUUUAUAAUUUUGUUGGGAAUCCAGUCUGUUUUAUGUGAUUUGAUCUUGUAAGGAUUCCUGGGUAUAUUAACUUGAUUGUGAUAAUUGUCAUUUCAUACUGGUCACUGCUCUAGAGGUGGUGGGACCUGGGAGGAUGGAGUCAAUAAAUGAAGCCGACUACAAUCUCAUGC